AUGGAGUCACUUCAGUACAUUCAACCGUCGGCGUUAGUCGAUAUGCUGCGCGAUACAAAUUCGUCUAUUAAACGCCCCGUAAUCAUCGAUGUGCGUGACACCGAUUAUGCUGGUGGACAUAUCCGCUCUGCGGUGAACAUCACUGAAGACAAUUUUAUGGACGACGACGACGUGGAUGCCCUCGUUGGCAUGUACAAGGACGAAGACGCCGUUGUGUUCCACUGCAUGAUGAGUCAAGUACGCGGUCCAUCCUGUGCCAAAAGAUUCAUGUCACGAAUGGAAGUAAUUCUUGAAGGAGCUACGCACAAGCCACGGGUACUCAUUCUGCAAGGUGGCUAUGAGCGAUUCGGAAAGAUCUACAAGGAUGAGGCAGAUCUCAUUGAACUGGACGAUUAG